AAUUAUUUUCUAUUCUGGAGAAAGGAUCGAGUGCUCCUCAGCUACCUUAACUUCCCCUCUCUCUCGCUCUCUCAGAUUUUCAAUUUUUAAUUUCGUCGCCGGAGUUCCUUCGCCGGAAAAUUGAUCAGUCAUCGAUCAACGAUCGGCCUACUGCUGCUAAAGUCCGUACGUGCUGACACUUGUACAGCAGGAAUCGGAAGAGUAAAGGGGGGGAUUUUUUUACUGUGAAGUAGGAGGAGGAAAAUGUCUUUCCAGAACAAGGGUUUAUGGAUGCGAAAGACCGGUGGGCAUGUAAAUGAGGGAGAUGGAAAUUUUGGCAACCAUUCAAGAAUGGAGCCAAAGCGGUCUCAACAAUGGUUUGUAGAUGCUGGUGAAGCAGAGCUGUUCCCAAACAAGAAGCAAGCAGUGCAUAUUCCAAACAGCAAAUUGAGCUCAGGAAUGUCAAAUGAAAAUGUCUCUUCUUGGGAGAAUGCUUCCAGUUUCCAGUCAGUUCCCCACCAAUUCAUUGACCGGUUAUUUGGAUCUGAUACAACAAGCUCUGUGAACUUUGCUGAAAGGAAUGUGUCUCCUGUCGGAUCAGAUAAUUGGAAUCCAAGGAAGGGUAUCGACGACCAGUUUGGAGAAGAUGGAUCUGUUAGUUUGUCAGUAUCUCAUGCGAUGGAAGAUCCUGAAACUUUUAGCUAUGCUGGAAUUAAAAAAGUCAAAGUCAAUCAGGUCAGGGACGGUGACAAUACUAUGCAUGUUUCGAGGGAACAUGGUUCUAAUAGGGACAAUAAUAGUAACCUGUCCACAAAUCAGGCAUUUGAUAGGAUAAAUGAAACUGGUUUUUUAUCGGUAGGGCAGGCCUAUGAUAAGGAGCACAGUAGUGUCACACUAAUGGGUCAUGCCUACAACCAGAGGGAUGCCCAUGGCAGACCAAUAGGUCCCAGCUAUGGCAAGGGGGAUGAAAGUGUGGUAGCAAUGGCUGACAGUUACAAUAAAGGGAAUGCAAAUUUGAUAUCUUUUGGUGGGUUUCCUGGUGAUCAAGAUAUUGUAGCCAUGGGCAGGCCUGUUGGUAACUAUGAUCAAUUAUACCAUCCGUCUACAGUUCAAACAUCAGAAACUGUGUUCGAGAAGGAAUUGGAUGUAUCAAAUGCCAGUGCAGUUGAUAUUGCUUCUGUACCCAAAACAAGACCUGAGUCAGUUUCGAAGAAUAAACCCGAGGUCAAAACAUCAAAGAAACAAGCUCCAAACAGCUUCCCGUCAAAUGUUAGGAGCUUGAUUUCUACAGGCAUGCUUGAUGGGGUUCCUGUAAAGUAUGUUUCCUUGGCAUGUGAGGAGCUUCGCGGGAUUAUAAAAGGUGUCGGCUAUCUAUGCGGGUGUCAAUCAUGUAAUUAUACUAAGGUGCUUAAUGCUUACGAGUUUGAGCGCCAUGCUGGUUGCAAAACAAAGCAUCCAAACAAUCACAUAUUCUUUGAGAAUGGCAAGACCAUCUAUCAGAUAGUGCAAGAAUUAAGGAGCACGCCUGAGAGCCUGUUGUUUGAUACACUUCUAACUGUAUUUGGUGCUCCGAUCAAUCAGAAAGCUUUUAACAGUUGGAAAGAAUCAUUUCAAGCGGCAACUCGUGAACUUCAGCGUAUUUAUGGAAAGGAGGAACUGAACUUUUAGGAGUGUGUAUAGAAGAUUGGAGAAAGUUUUUUUACGCGCGUGAAAAUAAUUACUUUUGUUAAUGUAUUUUGUAUGGCAAAUGGAUGGAGGAAUUUAAGCUUUUUUGUUAAAUUGGGUACAGUAGUUUAUGCAAAUGUAAGUUAUUAUAUGGCAGAGUUUAUGGGUUGAUCUUGA